AAAUAUUAAAUGGGAUAUUGUUAGCACCUAGAAAUAUUCUUAAUCAACAGCUACUGAUAGUUCACAGCCUGUGGUCAUACGUGAAGAAGUGAUCAUAAAGAGCUUUCAAGAAUAUGCUUGACUUUGUACUCAUGAGUUCAUGCAGUAGUUUAAUGAGUUGAAAACUGACUUACAGAUUUGCUAUAAUAGAUCAUGGGCAACGUGUUGUUCUCCAUCAUAUGGCUGCUGAUCCUCAUUUUCAUAGGAUUCUGGGUCGCGGGCAUCGCCGCCGGAUUUUAUAUAAUUCUCAUCCCCUUCACAGUCUGCAUAGAACCUUUAACGGGGCUGACGGACUUCUUGUUAAAAGUGUUACAAUUUCCGAAAUAUUGCGCCCAAUCUAUGGUGGACGGAAAGGGAUUUAACUAAGUACAUUAAGCUAGUCAUAAUGUAAUUUAAUAUAGCACUACUUGGUGCCAUUUUAAUUUUAUUAAUUUAAUUACGUACUUGUAAAAGUUAUGUUAUUCUAAAAUGUUAAUAUUUUAAAUAUAAAUUAAUAAGUA